UAACAGAUGCCAUGACGUGAUCCAGGGGUCUGAACCUGGACGUUGGUCGAGGCUGACUAUAAAAAGCAUGGGCUGAGCAUUCAGAGUAUUGAUUCCAGGACUAGACACAGCAAACUAAGAUGUUGGGGCUACUUCUGGUACUUCUGCUCCCAGGUUGCCUCCCCCCUGGUGUAGCCGGCGGUGACACUGAGUCCCUUCAGCCCAGAAGCCUCUUGCAGUUCAACAAGUUGAUUAAGUGUGCCAUCCCAGGGAGCGUCCCACUUUUAACGUUCAACAACUACGGAUGUUACUGCGGGCUUGGUGGACAGGGGAAACCGGUGGAUGAUCUGGACAGGUGCUGUCAGACACACGACAAAUGUUAUGAUAAGGCUAAUAAAAUCGGCUGCAAAAUUAUUAAGGACCCCAAAGUUAUGCCCUACGAGUACACCUGUUCAAAAAAGACCGUGAUUUGCGACAGUAAAAAUGGUAAAUGUGCGAAGUUUGUCUGUGAAUGUGAUAGCAAUGCGGCCGCUUGCUUCGCCAAAGCAUUUCCCACGUACAAUUCAAAAUACAAGGGUAUGAAGAAAUGUAAAUAGGGCCUCAACGUGUCCCUGCGUUUACGAGUCUCCUCGACUCUGUGGGGAAUACUUGCCUUACAGGUUGCAUCCUGCAGUUUGCUUCCAGCAACUCGAGGGACCAUUGAUCGAUCUCCUUAUUUGCUACGUUAAUGUAAUCAGUAAUCUCAUUUAAAUCCAACACUCCUUAUCCCGUUCUCACCGUCUUUCACUAUCUGUGCCACUCAUGAUGCUAAAGACUGGAUCGCUUCAAUCUCCCUGCAGUGAAAGCUAAUUCUGGCUUGUGACUCUCUUCCCAUAACGUUCAUAACCAAAAUCUGCAAUUAUCCGUGUCCAAUAUCCUCACUCCCUCUCCAAAAUAUGAAUGUAGCAGCAUUUGGGAAUCCUAUUGAAAAUCCAGGUUUACAUCCUAUUGGGAUGUUCACACCCUCAGUCCAGGGCUUUCUUCUAAUUAAUGCUGUCACUACUAAAUCCUGCAAUGAUCGUAUCUAAUGGUCAUUCUUAAUGACAUUGUCUGUGGCUCAGUUAACGAAGGUGGUGGUCGUGUAUUUUCUAUAAUCUAUUAAAAUGAUUUGAGCAUGUUCAAGGUUGCAUGGUGUCUCAUUUCUU